AUGUCACGACGUUUCCGCCAACUUGAAAGUAUACAUGAAUUGUUGCCAAAGAGGCGUAGAUCAGUCUCGACAACAUCAGAAAGUUCAAAUCAUUUUAAAGAAGAGCUGUUCGCAGUUUCAUCAAAAAAUGAGGACAUUUCGGAACAGGUCAAAUCAAAAUGGAGGAAUCGUGAACGUGUUCUGAUUUUUUGUUCUCGUGGUGCAUCUUAUCGUAUGCGUCAUCUAAUGAAAGAUUUCUUAAAUUUAAUGCCUCAUAGCAAAUCGGAUAAUAAAUUAGAUAAGAAGAAAAGUUUGGUAUUGAUUAAUGAGAUUGCUGAAAUAGCAAACUGUACCAAGUGUCUGUAUUUCGAGAACAGAAAGCAUACGGACUUGUAUUUAUGGAUAUCAAAUAUAACACACGGUCCAUCUGUAAAAUUCCUGGUACAUAACGUGCACACAAUGGAUGAAGUGCGGAUGUCUGGUAACUGUUUGAAGGGAUCGCGACCAGUGCUCUCAUUCGACUCUACUUUUGAUAGUCGGACACAUUUCUCACUUAUCAAGCAACUUCUCAUGCAGACAUUCAGUACGCCAUAUCGCCAUCCUAGGAGUAAACCGUUUAUUGAUCAUGUUUUCAUGUUUUCAAUAACUGCGGAUGCUAAAAUAUGGUUCCGAAACUUUCAAAUUGUUGAUGAAACGCUUGAACUUCAGGAGAUCGGACCACGCAUGGUACUGGAAAUUAUCCGUAUCUUCGAUGGAUCAUUUGAAGGCUCAGUUUUAUAUAACAAUCCUAAUUACGUUAGCCCGAAUGCGGUUCGAAGUGAAAUUAAGAAAAAACAAUCCCAUAAAUAUGUCACGAAGAAACUGAUUGAAAAGCAGCGUGGAAUAAAAUUAGCAGAACGAGCAACUGUCAAAAUACCCGAUCCUGUAGGUGAAAUUUUUGAUACUGAAAGAAUGCUUAUGGACCCUCGGGCAAAACAAAUCAAGCGAAUUAUAGAAAAAAAAAGGAAGAAAAAGAUGAAAAGCAAAACAAAAUAA